AUGGACCGCGGGCGCCGCGCGGCCGCGAGCGCCGUCUCCCGCCGUCCCAAGGACAUCGUCAGAUCAAAAGCGAAGCAGAAGAAGCCGUUGAGCGUGUCCGCCAACUUCAGCUGCGCCUUCAGUAUCCCGGACAGCGAUGUUGGGGAGGUGCGAAACCUGAACACCGUCACCCCGAUCGAGAGAGGCACCCAGAUCUACUUCGUGACCGGCGACAGCCUCGGCGGCAUCGGGGUCUUCUUCCGGAACGGCACGCUCAAGGGCCGCGCCCGCGUCACAGAGGACCCGGGUGGGGUGCGCGGCCUGAUGCGCAGCCAGGGGCAGAGCGUGCUUUAUUCUUCGCACUCCUUCGGCUUCUUCUCCGUGACGCAGAUCGACGUCCAGUACCCGCCCUGCUCUGGCUGGAACUCCCCCCUCGUCGACGUCGUGGCGGACCCGAGCUACGCGUGCGCCCCCCCGCUGCCCUUUCCCUCCGCCCCCCCCCCUCCCCCACGCGCGCGCGUUCCGCGUCGCGAGGAGCAGCAUGCUUCUGUCGCCCUGGCUACCGGUUGGUCUUCUCCGGGAGAGGGGUCGGAGGCUUUCCGCUUCGGCAGGCUGGUGCGAGGGCGUCUCCAUACGUGCCUUCUGUGA